CUCCUUUCCCCUGCACCAUGGCAUUCCCUCCACUAUCCCUUGAAACAAGAGAGCAUUCCUCCCUGUCGUUAACCUUGCGUCCAAGCCUGGCACCUCCUUGAUUGACAGUCCCCAUUUAUAUCCCCAUGUGCUCCAACUUCUACCAGAACGUGCCGUCUGUUCUACAUGCAGCACAUGCAGUAAGGCCGCACGCACGUACACUCGCCCACCAUGAAGAAGUCCCGGGCCUCUAGAAAGCAAACGCCUGUCUUGCGGCGUCGCAGUACUCGCAAGAAGACUCCAUCCCCACCGCAAUCACCGCUACCAACACAGAGGCCCCGCGUGCUAUUUCUUGCCAACAGUGAACAUGGGCAGACAAACUUGAUUCUCGCAUUAUCUCAUGAAUUGCUGGUGCGAGGUGACACCGACGUGCACAUCGCCUCGUUUCCGACCUUGAAACCACGCAUCGAGAAGCUGCUCGUAGAUAACAACCUUGACAGCGACGGAGUUCGCUCGCGCAUUCAUUUUCACCCUCUCAACGGCCCCUCGAACAGUGAGGCUUUUGCACGCACAGGAAAACGUACGAUCUGCCAUCCUCCCGGUUAUCAAGGCGCAUUGAAGGGGUUCAAAUCGCUUUUUGAGGAAAUCUGGGCCUGGAAUGAGGAAGAGUAUCUGCAGGUGUAUGACAGCUGUCUUGAGACAGUCCAGGCUAUCGAACCGAGCGUUGUCCUCGUCGACUGCUUCUUCCCCCAGGGACGAGACGCAGCGUAUAAUGCGGGCCACCAAGCUAUUGUUCUUUAUACGACCUCCUUGUCCCAUGUGGUGUAUGGGCUCCAGCCUUUUGCUGGAUGGGCGUGGAAAUUUCCCUUGCCAGGGACAGACUUUCCCUAUCCACUUCCCUGGAGCCUUGUGCCUUCCAAUACCAGGGCCGCCAUGGAUGUCGCCAAGCUUUACCGCCGUAGCGGCCGUCAACGACAGAUUCGUGAAUGGCGGAAGCGACAUGGUAUCCAGGGCCGAUUUCCUUUUGCGGAUUCGUGGCGGCCCGACCGAUUUCAUCUGGCUCCAGGUCUGAAAGAGCUGGAUUGGCCGAUGGAAGUCCCCGAGAAUGUCCUCCCCUGUGGUCCCAUUCUAUUACCCGUUGCACCUGUCAAGACGCAGGAUCCGGAGCUGCAUCGGUGGCUCCACCGGGCACCUACAAUCUUGAUUAACCUGGGGACCUUGUAUGCGCCAGAUCCAGUGAUGGCUAGAAAUAUCGCUUCAGGGGUGAGGAGUUUUCUGGACUCACGGACGGAUAAGUUCCAAGUGCUGUGGAAGCUUCCAAAACAUACGCAGGAUUGCGCGCAUGUUUUUGAAGAGGCGGAAGAAAUACUGGCUGCUGAGAUCAAAGAUGACCGGGUGCGCAUUCAACCAUGGUUUCAGGUCGAGCCAUUGGCAAUGUUGCAGACAGGGCAGAUUGUCUGUUCCGUGCAUCAUGGUGGUGCAAACUCAUGGUACGAGGCUAUUCAGUCUGGCAUACCUCACGUCGUUCUUCCAGGUUGGCAAGACUGCUAUGAAAAUGCUGUGCGUACAGAGUGGCUCGGAAUCGGCGUGUACGCAAACAAAACAGCUGCUCCAGCAGUGGAUGCAGAUGAGUUCGGCCGGGCUCUAAUCAGGGUCGUCGGCAAUGUCACAAUGCAGGCCAAGGCAAAGGAAUUAUCUGCACUGUGCUGCAAAAGAGAAGGACGAGUCGUAGGUGCCGAGAAGAUCGCUGAGUUGGCAUACCACCCGGAGAGAAUGGCCUUGCCGAUCCCAGAAGUCAAUCAGUAUCCGAAGGACAAGCUGUGCACAAUCAGGAAUAAGUUCGGAGGUAUUCUAGAGACCGUCAAUCGUCCUCAUUUGGACAAAUAUGCAACCUCAAAAACCAGAGUUUAUACUGCUGCCAGCACACUCUUCGUCGCCCUUACAACCAACACGUCCCUCCUCCUUCCUAUCCUCGGCUACGCUCUUCUAAUCCUCGUCCUUGUCCCAUCUCUUCCCAUCCCGCUUCUCAUCCGCAUUUUGUAUCCAGUCUACGUCCUCAUGAUAACCUACUUCCCUCCCACCUCUCUCCCCUCUUUUCCUUCCCCGUCCUCCGCCGUUCGAAACUCUCCUCUCUGGUCACUCUAUGCCAACUACUUCCCUCUCAAGCUUUAUCGCAGCACUCCCUUGGCUCCUUAUCAAAAGUACAUAUUCGGAUACCACCCACACGGCAUUUCCAUCCGCGGUGCCAUCGGCGCCCUUGCCACCAAAGGCGCCGGCUUUGACACGCUGUUUCCUGGUCUCAAUCACACUCUCUUGGUGUCGGACAAGGUCCUUCGCGCUCCCCUGCUGCGCGAGUACGCACUCUCUUUGGGCAUCGGCAGCGUCAGUCGCGCGUCAUGCAUCAAGCUCCUGUCGUCCGGCGGCCACGACGGCAACGGACUUGGGCAGGCGAUCACCAUCUGCGUGGGUGGCGAUCGCGAGGCGCGCAUCGCCCGUCCUGGCCGCAUGGAUUUGGUGUUGGGGGUGCGCAGGGGCUUCAUUCGCGUUGCGAUCGAGAUGGGGGCGAGCCUAGUGCCGGUGGUGGCUUUUGGAGAGAACGAGGUCUUUGACCAGCAGGACGGUGACCGGGAAGGCCUGUUCACGGCAGGUGCGAAAGCCUGGAAGGCUAUCACCGGCAAGUCGACUCGGGUGAUCAGCGGACGGUGGGGAGUGACGGUGCCGUUCCGCAAGCCAAUCCAUGUGGUCGUCGGGAAACCGAUCCCGGUCAAGGAGCAGCGGUAUGUGCAGGACGAGGCUUAUGUGGAGGAAGUGCAUCGGAUGUACGUGGAAGAGUUGCGGCGGUUGUGGGAGGAGUGGAGGGAUGUCUUUGGAGUUAAGAAGGAGGUGCGGUUUGAGAUUGUGCAGUGA